AGGGACCAAACGUGGGCUAAGUUUGAUGCAAAAUUUGGUACAAAAUAAUGUAAAAUUUGGUGCAGAGUUGGAGAUAACCUGAUCAACUUUUGUCGGUGUGAGGAAUACUGUACGUAAUCUUGUGUCUAUACACACUAGUUUGUGAAAUUUAACUUGGAAUCCUCUUCUUCAAGUUCAAAGUUUUCUUAGAGUCUUGAGUUUUGCUAUCAUUCUCUUCAUAGAAUGGAAACUAUUGUUCUAUAUCCCUCCCCAGGCAUGGGGCAUCUGAUUUCGAUGGUGGAGUUCGGGAAGUUCAUACUCAACCACCACCCUUUCUUCACCGUUGCAAUUCUCACGGUGCCUCCAUCAUUCAACACUGGCUCAACCGCCUCCUAUAUUGACCGAGUUUCCGCCACCAACCCUUCCAUCACCUUCCACCAUUUACCUUCUGUUUCCCUUACAUUCGACUCUUUCUCCUCCAUGGAAGUUGUUAUUUUCGAGACCCUCCGCCUCAGCAACCCUAAUGUCCAACGAGCCCUUCAAGAGAUCUCUAGCACCAGCACCAUCACAUCCGUCAUAAUCGACUUCUUUUGCACCCCGGCUUUCUCCAUUUUCACCGAACUCGGAAUCCCAACUUAUUAUUUCUUCACUUCUGGUGUCUGUUGUCUUGAUUCUUUCCUUUACGUUCCCACAAUACAUCGGAAUACCACUAAAAGUUUCAAAGAUAUGAAUUCACUUUUGGAUAUUCCGGGGUUACCACCCAUACCAUCUUCACACAUGCCAGAUCCAAUUCUUGAUCGAUCCUCGGCUGAAUAUGCUUACUGUCUAGAUUUCUUUCUCCAUUUGCCCAAGUCAGCUGGAGUUAUUGUAAACUCAUUCGAGUCCCUUGAAUCAAAAUCUCUUAAAGCAAUAUCUGAAGGAUCUUGCAAUCCUGAUGGUCCGACACCACCUGUUUUCUGUGUAGGACCACUAUUGGCAACAGAACGAGGUAGAACUGGUAGUAUGGACGAAUGUUUGAAAUGGCUCGAUUUGCAACCAAGCCAAAGCGUCGUGUUCUUGUGUUUUGGGAGUCUUGGUUUGCUUUCAGGUAAGCAGUUGAAAGAAAUUGCAAUUGGGUUGGAGAGAAGCGAGCAAAGGUUCUUGUGGGUGGUGCGUUCUCCACCCUCUGAGGACAAGAGCAAGCGCUUCCUACCUCCUCCUGAACCAGAUCUGGAGUCACUACUUCCUAGUGGAUUCUUAGAUAGGACAAAGGACCGGGGUUUCGUGGUGAAGUCGUGGGCCCCACAAGUGGAGGUGUUGAGACAUAAAUCUGUUGGCGGGUUCGUGACACAUUGUGGAUGGAACUCGGUGUUGGAAGCAUUGUGCGCGGGCGUCCCCAUGGUGGCGUGGCCUCUUUACGCUGAACAAAAGUUCAACAGGGUAGUGUUAGUGGACGACUUGAAGUUGGCUCUGCGAAUGAACGAAUCAGAAGACGGGUUUGUCACUGCUGAGGAGGUCGAGAGUCGAGUUAGAGAGUUGAUGGACUCGAAGGAAGGUGAGUCGGUCAGAAAGCGCACCAAAGAAAAAGAGGCAGAGGCAAAGGCAGCUAUGAGUGAAGGCGGUACAUCCAUUGUUGCCUUGGCCAAGUUAGUUGAGUCAUGGAAAUUGCCAAGAUUAACGAUAUAAGUGAUGUGAGUAUCCGAUCUUGCAAGAUUUGUCAUGCAAUAUAUAUUAUUUACCAUGGAAUGUUUUAGCAAGAUGUGUUCGUAAUUCAUAUCCUUCACUGUAGUUGCGCAUAAUUAUGCUUUUCAAUAAAAAUUUCGAAAAUUUCUGAAA